UUAUUGCGGAGAUUUAUCCCAUCAGAGUUUACAAAUGAUGUGGAUAGAGCGCAUAUUGUUGAACCAGCAACAGGAUUGGCUGCUUCAAAGGCUAAAAUUCGACGAGCUAUUGAGGCUGAAGGAAUUCCUUACACAAGUGUGGCAUCUAAUUCUUUCGCUGGUUUCUUUCUUCCAGCUUUGAACCAACGUAGUUCUGGGGGUUUGGGGUCGUUUCUCCAAUCACAUGUUCAGGCUUCAAGCAUUAGGAGCACUGCCGUAACAACAACUUCGAACCAACCUGGAGCUACUGCUUCCCAUGGAGAUAGACUUGUCAUUUUAGGUGAUGGAAAUGUAAAAGUGGUUUUCAACAAGGAAGAGGACAUUGCCACAUACACUAUCAAAGCAGUGGAUGAUCCAAGAACAGUGAACAAAAUCCUCUACAUUAAACCCCCAGCCAACAUUAUCUCAUCCAAUGAACUUGUUUCUUUGUGGGAGAAGAAGAUAGGGAAAACAAUUGAAAGGGUCUAUGUUCCAGAGGAGCAAAUUUUAAAGAAUAUUCAAGAAACUUUAGACUUUCUACGCAAACUGACUUUAGCAAUUUGCCACUCUUGGUUUGUGAAUGGAGAUCAGACAAACUCUUGGUUUAUUAUAAAUGAAAUUAAAAUAAAUCAACAUUAAUUAA